AGUUGUUUGAGCGCAACGAGGCAAUGCAGCGGCGUAUGUCUACUUUGCCACCAUCUCCUGUUCUUGCCCCCUCCCCACCUCGUCUCGGCCAUUUUUCCCACCAUCCCCGCGCAUCCCUCCAGGUGUGCAACCAUCCGGAGUUGUUUGAGCGCAACGAGGCAGCGGCGUAUUUCUACUUUGCCACCAUCUCCCCGCCGCUGCAGCCCCCGCCGUUCGGGGAGCUUGACUGGGUGCCGUACAGCGGCCGCCACAACCCCAUCACAUACACGGUCCCCAAGCUUCUCUACCGUGAGUGCACGCCAGCACUCCCUCCCACCUCCUCCGGUGUCUUCCAGGGCUUCGCAAACAAGUGGCUGUACCACCAACUAUCCAUCUUCUCCCCCCUCCACAUCCACCACUCCCUCUUCCCCCGCUCUCCCCCCUCCUCCUCCUCACCAUCCUCCUCCUCCUCUCCUUCCUCCCCCUCUUCCCCCUCCGCUUCUUCAGCCACUCACCAGUCCCUUACAGUGCUGCGCCUCCCCUCUCCCUCCUCUCCAUCCGCCUCUUCUUACUCUUCCACCCCCUCUGCCGUCUCCCCAUUCGGGUUUCUCCGCUUGUUGGAUCUAGCGCCUUCUGAUGUCUCCUUCCUAGCUCGUGCCACGGCCUUUGAGAGGUCUGUUGCGGGGGAGUUAAUGAGGCAAGCGGGGUGUGCGCAGGUGUUUAUGGGGGAGGGUUCAACUGACUGGCUGGAUGAUUGGGAGGAGGAUUGGGCGGUUGGGAAGCGGAGGGAUGUUGAGGAGGAGAAAGAGGAGGCGACGGAGGAGGAGGAGGAGGCAGAGAGGGGAAGAGAGGAGGAGGGGAUGGAGGAGAGGUUAUUGGCUGUACAUAGACUGUUGUGUGUGAAGCCGAGAGGGCAGGGGGCUGUGUUGAGGAGACGAGAGCACUGGUUAAAGAAGGUAGAGGAGAGACGAUUCAGCGACAAAGAGGAGAGAGGUGUGAGGAAGGAGAAGCAGGAAGGGGAGAGAGUCCCGAGAGAAGUGGUAACGCAGGUGGGAGAGGAAGGGGUGGGCGGGAGGGUAGGGGAACGAGGUGAGGGGGGAGAGCGGGUGGAAGGGAGGAGUGGGGAAGAUGUGGAGCGGAGUAACGAAGGGCGGCAGGAAGGAGUAGAUGUUAAGAAAGAGGAGGAGGAUGUGGUUAUGGAGGAGAGGAGAGGAGGAGAGGGGAAGGAGAGCGAUAAGGAAAGAGAUAGGGAAAGGGAUAAGGACAAAAGGGGAGGUGAAGUGAAGGAGAAGGAGGUGGAUGGAGAGAAAGAGAGUGGAGAGGAGGCUAUGGAGGUGGAUGGGGAGAAGGAGAGUAGUGGGGAGAAGGAGAGUGGCGACAAGAAUGGGGAGGUGAAAGAAGAGAAAGUGGAAGAGAAAGAGGGGGAUAGGGAGGACGAGAAAGCUGGGGAGAGGGAGAAGGACGCGGGAAAGGUGACGAGUGGGGGUACUGAGGAAGAUGUUAGAAGACGAGAGGUGGAAGAGGAUGUGAAGACAGCAGAGGUGAAAGAGGAGGCAGAGGGAAGAGAAGGGGAGGAGGAGAGAAGAGGGGGGGUAAAGGAGGGUGGAGUGAAGGAGGAAGAGGAUGAGGGGAGGCAUUCUGGUGAUCGCCCUGAAUGUGUCGAGAGUAAGAAAGAUGUGAGCCUUGAUAGGAGGAAUAAGGAGCAGAGCAGCAAGAGGAGCAGCAGGCAGAGCAAUCCGGAGCGGACUAACAACGACAGAGAGCAGACUAACAACUCGGAAAGCGCCGACUCUCACCAGAACAAAACUGCUGACAACAACGGCAAGAGCAGCAGCGGCAGCGGCGGCGGCGGCGGCUGCGGCGGCGACGGCAGCAGCGACAACCAAGUGCCGCUGCUAACCGGCUGGCCAAAGGACCCGCCAUUCCUCCUCCCAUCCCCCCUCAUCUCCUCCUUCCCAGACCGUCUCUACAAUGCCACGUCGCUCAUCCGUGCCACCCGCACCUUCAUGCCUGCCGUGCGCGCUCCCCCCAUCGACUUCCUCUGUCAUGACCGCUCGUUUGCGUACCAGCAGCAGCAGCAGCUCUACCCGCCGUGGGCGCUCCGCCUCCUGCUGGGCUUCACGCGUGUGAAUGAAUACUCAGGGCCGUUCUUACCCGCGGAUCCCGCUGCGAGGUUGUCUGUCCGCCCGCCGGCGUCGUCGCCGGUGCUGGGAGUGAUGGGGGAGGAGCAGGGAGGAUUGGAGGUGGUGGGGGGUGGUACAGGGGAGGCGGAUGCGAGUGCUGGUGGUGAUGGUGGCGGGGGUUUGAGGGGUGGGAUGGAGUUGCAGCUGCCGCGGCCGCUGAUGGGCGCGCAGUUUGAUGUGGAGGGGUCGUCCCCGCCUAUCCAGAUAUUCGACUUCUCGAAGAUGCUCACGGACUCGGGCAAGCUGCAUCAGCUGGACGUGCUGUUGCGGCGGUUGAGAGCGGAAGGGCACCGAGUGCUGCUGUUCGCACAGAUGACCAAGAUGCUCAACAUCCUCGAGGACUACAUGAACUAUCGCAAGUACAAGUACCUGCGACUGGAUGGUUCGUCCACGAUUGUAGACCGCAGGGAGAUGGUCAAAGACUUUCAGCACAAGUCGGAGAUCUUUGUGUUUCUGCUGAGCACGCGGGCGGGCGGGCUGGGCAUCAACCUGACGGCGGCAGACACGGUGAUCUUCUACGAGAGCGACUGGAACCCCACCAUGGACCUGCAGGCCAUGGACCGCGCCCACCGGCUGGGGCAGACACGCGAGGUGACGGUGUACCGGAUGAUCUGCGGGGGAACGGUGGAGGAGAAGAUAGUGAAGCGCGCCAACCAGAAGAACACCGUGCAGCAGCUCGUCAUGACCGGCCAGGGCGGCGCUGCGGGCGGCGGGCUGGUGGCGGGCGGCGGCGGCGCGGGCGGCGGCGACGUGUUUGAGGCGGAGGAGGUGGUGUCGCUGCUGCUGGACGAUGCUGAGCUGGAGGCGCAGCUUAAAGCCCAGCAGGAGCAGGCUGCUGCCAAACAGCACUCGGAUCGGCGGCGGAGGCGUGGGUCUAAGAAGAUCCGGCUGGAUGCAGAGGGAGGGGAGGCGGUGGAGGAGGAGGAGGGCGCGAGGGGCGGCGAGGAGUCCGGAGGAGCGGGGAGGAGAGAUGGCGGUGCGGGGGCGUCAGAGAAUGUGUCAGGGGGAGAUGCCGUGGGAGGGGGUGAGGGGGCAGGCGCAGGCUCGCAUAAGUCGGAUCGUCCUCCCAGACCCGGAGGCAGAAGCAAAGGGAAAGCAGCCGCAGCCGCAGCUGCUGCUGCUGCUGCUGCUGCUGCUGCUGCUGCUGCAGCUGCUGGUGGGGGUGCUGCUGGGGUGGUGGCUGUUGCUGAUGCUGGCGUAGCAGUGGGCGGACGUAAGAGAGGUGCGGAGGGUGGUUUGUCAGAAGCAGAGGAGAGGAACGGGUGGGGGGCGAGAGAGGCAGUUUUCCUGGAGGGAACAGCAGCCAAGAGACGGAGGGGACCCACCCCCCAAAGAAGGCGAUUGAGCGCCAUGGGAUGGGUGAAUGAUGGACGAGGAGGAGAGGAUGGAGGUGGGGGUGGGGGAGGAGGGGGAGGGGAGGGUGGGAGAAGUAGAGGGAGUGGAGUGGGGGAGGAUGAGAGAAGUGGUGGAGGGGAGGUACAGUGGGGAGAUGGGGGUGGGAGCGUGCAGGAGGGAGGGGAGGAGAGAAGUCAGGUUCGACCUAAGGCGUUACGUGUGAGGUUGAAUAUGAGGCGAGGGAGAGGGGAGGUGGGUGGUGGAGGGGGGGGAGGAGGGGCGGAGGGAGAUGGAGCAGGUGACUGA